UAAACUGAAUUCAUUUCUAGACCCUCUCUCCCUUCCGUCUACUGCUGUAAAUAUUAUGCCCCAAUAAUGGUGGUGGUGAGCUGCCCAACGUGUAAAAGUACACAAUACCUCACAAGCCUUCAUAGGAAACAAACUCGUUGUUUAGACCCACCCCCCGGACAUGUUUUUUGUAAUUCAGCCAAGAUCUUUGGAGAGACCCCUCCCUUCCUGAUAAGGAAGCUGUCCAAUGGUCUCGAUCAACCGUCCAGCCAACCGUAACGAAAUCUCCGUAACGCAAGCCCCGUACCUCACUCAAGCAGCCUACUCUGUAGACGCACGAUCCAGAGGCAAACUGGGGGUUGGGUUGGGGGGUGGGUAGGACUGAACGUGAAAGGCCCUUUUGAUCUGCAACGUCCGCGAUGCAAGGGGGGGCAAACAAACCACUUCGUUCACGGGCUGUGAGUGGUCGUGGCGAAAUAUCGUGACACAUCGGACGUACUGAAGCUGCCAAUCGAGUGAGGUGGUGUGUUUGAUAUUGUGAAUUGACUCACGGCCACUUGAUUCCCAUCAAAUAGACUAUGCGAACGAGCCGGGGGGGAAGUAUUGCCCCCCCCCCCCCCCUGUAUUCCCUAACUCCUUUUGGGUCCUUUUGCUGGUUGAUAACAGCCUUGGCGGCCCGCCCAGCUACAGCGACGUUUCUCACGCAUCGAGAGCUCCCGGCCGACGCUCCCAGGCUUUCUACUCUCGGCCUCGACGAACCACAUGCCGCAUCCCAGAUAAUCGCCUCUACGAUCGUUGGUCCGUCUGGAUGGAUGUAUUCAACGAGCCUGCCUGCCGGUGGUUAUCAGCCGCAGGACUCUCCACCCCGGGACACCACCCUUCUCCCCCCAUGACAUGAGGCAAAAGUUCCAUGGCCCUGGUAGCUUUUGCCGCCCAUGACAGGGUGGUCAGGAUAUGGCCCAGGAUGAGUUACGAUUGUCUAUCACCGUAGCAUCUUGGAUCUUUGAGUAUCCAUCGAGCAAUGUUAAAAGGACUGCCAGCCUCCGCUCCCAGCUUCAACCGUCCGUCCUUCUCCACCACUUGACAUCAAGCCAGGUCUCUCUUCGCGCAGAGCCAGCCAGCCAGCCAGUCAACCUCUGGUUAACCAAGUGCGUCUGUCAGUUACCACACAGACACUACAGACAAGUAUCGCCAACUUGUCGCCAUGGUGGCCACGAACCCCGUCCCGGGGCCCAUCCAGGCCGAGACGCAAAUCCCCUCCGUCGACCCGGCCCACGACCCGACCUACAUCACCGAGAAGGUCCGCUACUCUGAGCAGAACGACGAGCUCAAGAGCGAGAUCAGCGGCGACGACGAUGUCACCGACCUCUUCGUCCCCUUCCCCGAGGUCAAGGGCCUCGAGCCCGAGGGCAACCCCCUCACCUUCCGUGCCGUCCUCGUGGGAAUCAUCCUGGGUUCCCUUGUGAAUGCGUCCAACGUCUACCUUGGUCUCAAGACUGGUUUCUCCUUCGCUGCGACCAUGUUCGGUGCCAUCUUCGGUUAUGCCAUCGUCAAGCUCCUGGCCAAGUCGCUGCCCAACGCGCCUUUGAUCGGAGGCACCUUUGGCCCGCAAGAGAACUCCAUCAUCCAGGCCGCUGCCACCGGUGCCGGCGGCAUGUCCGGUCUCUUCGUCGCCGCCCUCCCCGCCAUGUACCAGCUCAACCUCAUGUCCGAGAACCCGCGUCAGGACUUCGGCCGCAUCCUGACCAUCACCGUCACCUGCGCCUUCUUCGGCCUCUUCGCGGCCGUGCCCCUGCGCAAGUUCUUCAUCAUCAACGUCGCCAGGGAGCUGAACCUCGUGUUCCCGACUCCCACCGCGACCGCCUUGACCAUCCGCUCCAUGCACGCCGUCGGCAGCGGAGCCGCCGAUGCCGCCAAGAAGAUCAAGACUUUGGGAUACUGCUUCGCCGGUGCCCUCGUCCACAUCGUCGUCUCCCAGUACGCCGACGGCAUUCUGCACAACUGGUACAUCUUCUUGUGGUUCUACGUCUGGAGCGGCUACAAGAACUGGGCCAUGAACAUCAACAACUGGGGUUGGUACAUUCAGCUCACUCCCGCCUUCUUCGGCUCCGGCAUGCUCGUCGGAAUCAACGCCGCCCUGUCGUGGUGGCUCGGAACCUUCGUCGCCUGGGGCAUCAUCGGACCUACCCUCGUCCACUACGGCGAGGCCAUGGGCGUCCAGAGAUACCCCAAGAGCGAGAAGUGGGCCGACAUCGUCAACUUCGGCGUCAUGAAGGUCAGCGACGACCCCAACUGGGUCCCCUCCCCCCGCUACUGGAUGCUGUGGCCCGGCGUCAUGGUCCUCGUCGUCUACUCCAUGGUCGAGUUCGUCCUCCACAUCGGCGUCCUCGUCGACGGCGCCAAGUUCGCCUUCCGCUCCGGCGCCCGCAGCAUCAACAACCGCAUGCAGUCGCGCGGCAAGCACAACGCCUUCAUCGCCAAGCACGCCGGCCUGGCCGACGCCCAGGACAGCCUCGUCGAGGACUUUGCGCCCCCGAGCCAGCAGGUGCCCAUCUGGGUCUGGGCCACCGGCACCAUCGUCUUCACCGCCGUUGCCUGCGUCGUGUGCCAUGUCCAGUUCCACAUGAACGCCGGCCUCGCCAUCCUCGCCUGCAUCCUGGGUCUCCUCUUCGCCUUCCUCAGUAUCCACGGCGGCGCCGUCACCGACUGCACGCCCCUCACUGCCUCCGCCAAGGCCUCCCAGCUCGUCUUUGGUGGUGUCACCUCCGGCCAGGGCCUCGACGUCAAGUCUGCUCAGCGCAUCAACCUCAUCGCCGGUGGUAUCGCCUCGGGUACCGCUGAUGUUGCCACGGCGCUGGUCUCCGACUUCCGUGUUGGUUUCCUCCUCCGCACUCCCCCCCACCUGCAGUUCUACGCCCAGGCCAUCGGUGCCGGUGUCAGCGUGUUCCUCGCGCCCGGUGUCUUUGUCCUGUUCAUGGCCGCCUACCCUUGCAUCUGGAAGGAGAUGGGACCCGAGGAGACGUGCCCCUUCGGUGCCCCCUCCGUCCUCGCGUGGAAGGCCGUUGCCGAGGCCGUCACCAUGCCCCAGCUCCCCAUCCCCAAGUCCUGCGCCAUCUUCACCAUCGUCAUGGGCGUCAUCUGCGCCCUCCAGGCCGUUGUCAAGAACUUCUACCUCGUCGGCAACCGCAUGAAGUACCGCGAGUACCUCCCCAACUGGAUGUCCAUCGGUGUCGCCUGGGUUCUCGGCCCCGACAGCGGUUACGCCAACGCCAUCAUGGCCGGUGCCAUCACUGCGUGGUGGUGGAGGAAGUACUUCCCCAAGAGCUUCGAGACGCACUGCUUCGCCGCCGCCGCCGGCCUCAUCGCCGGUGAGGGUUUCGGAGGUGUCAUCAACGCCGCCCUAGAACUUGGCGGCGUGAGCGGUAGCUCCAUGGCCGCCGACGGCAUCAACACCAUCGGCACCCAGAUCGCUCUGCCUGGUGCCGACUGGUAAGAUGUUGGAAAGUUGUAUCAUGCCAACGUAUUAACGCGCAAACGUACUAUAACUGUUUAAUGCUCUGGGGAUUAGGAGGGCCUUCUGGCCAUGGUUUUGAUUCUCGAUAUACCCUUUACGAAAGAUUUUAGCUGUAGACAAAAUCUCAACGCUCUUUAUUAAACA